ACAAAUCUAGCCAAGGAUCGGGCUGACGCUCAGCGACUCGUAGCAACAAGGCUACUUGACCGCGUACACGACCCGCUUGCCGGCUCCCGGGGGCUUCUCCCCGGGGGCCGUCGCCAGCCUGCUGAGGUGCAGGGCCCGAAGGCCUAUUCGUAUCCAACUACGACGUGCGGGGCAACAUCGCCGCGUUCCGGCACGGAUUCUGACUUAGAGGCGUUCAGCCAUUAUCCGGCAGAUGGUAGCGUCGCGGCACUGCCUGGUCAGACAGCCGCAAAAACCAAUUAUCUGAAUCAACGGUUCCUCUCCUCACGUUCCCUAUUAGUGGGUGAACAAUCCAACGCUUACCGAAUUCUGCUUCGG